AUGCUCAAGAGGAGGAGCCAGCGCAAGGAGAUAGAAAAUGCCGUGAAGAUAGCCGCGAGCAAACCAGAUGACGACUUUGUCAGGGACUAUUUAAAGAGUGUCCCAGGCGGUGGACCAAGUCCGUGGACCACAUCAUGGAGCCAUCCUAACACCGGGACUGUCUAUGGCCUCAGCCUCACCCAGUCUUGCAAUACCAGCGAUUGUGACCUGGAUGCGUGCUUCGCCCUUGUCGAGGAGACCAGCAGGCAGGACUAUGAGGCCUCGUCCCGCGGCUGGAAUCCCAAGAACAAGCGCAAGGAAAUGCGUGAGCCUGACUUGCGCUACAUCCUCGUCAAGGAUCCUGCUGGCAAUCUCGGCGGCUUCACGUCUCUGAUGCCGACCAUGGAGGAGGGCGAGGCCGUCGUCUACUGCUACGAGAUACACCUCAGGCCUGAGCUCCGGCGCACGGGCUUGGCUGCCCUGCUGAUGAGCUUCCUGCAGACGGUGGCCAACAACAUCGAGAUCAUGGAAAAGGUCAUGUUGACUGUCUUCACCUGCAACGCCACAGCCCUGGCCUUUUACCGGCGAUAUGGGUUCGAGAUGGACGACAUAUCACCAAGACCCAGGACGCUGAGGAACGGGGUUGUAAAGGAACCUGACUAUGUGAUCAUGAGCAAGCCGGUGGACCGCCGACGGAAUCUACGCAGAGAGAUUGGCCACGGCGGUACUGCUGACAGUGACGAGAGCUCGAUGGCUCGGCCUGCCAAGGUGGCCAAGGUGUAACUACGCACGACAGGAAAGUAAUGAGAGCGACAAUGUCGGAAAUCGAGUUCAAUAAAACCAGACACAAGACUCUCUCGGUUCUGACCAUGUGAUUACGCAGACAUUUUUAAUCGGCGCAUAUUCCUUAAGGACUAUUUGUCGUGUGCAGUUUCAUGUAUUCGAAGAUCUUGACGCGCUGUUGAAUCCCUUCCAUUGCUCUCGUACCAGUUUUCUGGUCCUCCUAAGGAAUAGCCUCACCGGCCGUCACCGAUACCGGGUCUUGAUAAUUCACAUACCCAAUUGAGAAGAUACGCAGCCCU